GCAUGCAGACUGGGAAAUACCCAACGCUGACAGAUUGUUGUGAAAUUUAGUUAGGCCUAUCUGUCGGCAAGAAAUCUCGAUAUUAGCAUCGUGUCACAAACUUGGAUUGAAGACAUAGAAAACCAUCAGGAAUUAUGAAGUUUUCUGGAUCACAGCUUCCAUCUCCUAAAAGGCUGCUGGAGAGAUAUGAGAAGGCUUGUGAACAGGAAAACAUCCUCCUUGUUGGAGCUGUGGGGGCCGGGAAAUCAGCGACCAUCAACACUCUGUGUGCCUCUCUGUCAGGGGAGAAACUGUACCGAGCUCCUGUAGGGUCUCAGUGUGGGGAGUCAGGGAAAAGAACUACUACUCACCUUAUAUGGUAUGACAAGUGUGGAAUUGAUGAGAAAAGAUUAAAGGAAAUGAGAGUACCUAAGUACUUCCCUAACCUGGUGGACAUGACUGGACUAAACAAUGAAAACUCCGCCCAACAAAGAAAACUACUAGACAUGAUCAUCACCGGUCGAAUAUGGAACAAAACAUCCAUUCCUGCCAUCCAAGAUGUCCAAACCACUCAGGGAGAGCGAAAACUUGAGCGGAUGUUUCCGUUCGUGUACAGAGGAAGACGGAUCCAUAAGAUAUUAUUCGUAGCUAGUGCUUUGGAUAGAAUUCCUACCGAACUUAUAGAAUGUGUAAAAAGUGUGGCCCAGCCUGAUGGCAGUGCUCAGUGCCUGAAUCCUAGAUAUAUUCCCAUAUUUGGUUUACUUACAAAGCCAGACUUGACUUCCGGGACGAAGAUGGAUUUGAAGAAAAAGGAACAAGAAUUCCUGGAAUGUCUUGGAAUAAAUGCAGACACAUCUUAUUCACUUUGGCAAAACAGUGCUACAGGGGACUAUAGUUUUUCAAUUCUGGAAUUCAUGGACAAGUUAUUUUCACCGAACAUUCGUCACGUCCUGGAUGAGAUCUCGAUACUGAAACUGUGGAUAGGGGACCUGUAUGAAAAGCCUGUACUAUUUCUUGUAUUAGCUAUAGCUGUCAUUGCUGUUGCCCUAGGAAUACACUGUUGCUUUCCUAUUGAUGAAAUUAUGGGAAAUUUCUUUGGACUUUCCUGGGUUACUAAGAAAAUUGCAAAUAUUUUUAGAUCUUAGAUUUUAAAAAGUUCCAUUUAUCAAUCACAAUAGCAGCAGUUUUACAAGAAAUAAAAUGUUUCACUAAAUCUUAUGAAAUGUGGUAUUUCAGUGACAUUCUAGUUAAUCUGAAUAUCAGAGAAAUUAGUUUGAUGUGAGUAAUUAUAAUUAUUGAACUUUUACUA